GGUUCGGCUGUUCUCGGGCCUGUCUCUAUAGCUUCUGUAAUGAUGUGAGGAUGAGCUGAACCGGAUCACUGUGCCGGUGGACUAGAUGUAAACGGUGGGGCUGAACCGGUUUAUAUGAUGUCAACAAGUGACGCAGCUCAGUCUGAGCUCAAAGCAGAGGCAGCCCAGCACGGAGCAGGACGCACACGGUCUGCAGCUGCACGGUACGUGAAAAACGCCUGUAAGCCUCUUUAAAACUCACACACGCUGUUUAAACUGAAUAUUUCUGUAACUUAUCGACUUAUUUAAUGUUACUACAAACUUUUGAACUCAUUUGGCGCGCCAUGGGAUGUUCCGUUAAGAGAAAAGGAGCCGCGCUGAACUCCACCAAAAAAUCUUCAAAUAUAACGCUUUGUUGCGUGUAAGGAAACAGAGAGGAAACCAACAGACAUGCGGAUAAUUCCCACGGAUAAUAUCCUUAUUUUAGUGAAUUCGGCACAUGUUGCAGUCUAUAAAGUGCGUCGCAGUGUCCAGUUUACCGUGUCUAAAAGCAGCAGGAGGCGGAAAGACUUUUUAAUGAUGUCCAGCUGAUAAGGACUCGGGUCAAACUGGUUUCUUUUGGGUCUGGACGAUUUUUAAAUUGGUAUGAUAUUUCGACAUGGACACCAAGUAUCAUGGCUUCAGUUUAGAACACUGCACAGAUCACUGACGCUGCCUUUGCUCGUCUGUGUUAUCUGUCCAAACAGUCACGCACACAGAUCUUGUGCUUGUGCCUGUCCACAGCUCUGCUCUUGAUCUGAACAUCCUCCUCUUAAUACUUCAAACCUACCUGCAGUAUGUACACAUGUAUAGGCUGACAGGUAAACAGCUCGCUUUGUAAGGUGUGUCGGCAAACAGAACAAGUCUCACUCUGCUCCCAUUCCUCUGAAAAGAAGUUCAGGGUGAAAAUCAGCUGCAGAAUUUAGAACAUGUUUGUUAAGGCUGAAACACACCCACUCUGAGCUUAUGUAAGUGUUAGCUGGCAGGGAACUCACACACACCCACAGAGAGCACACGGACGCACACAGGCGCGUACUCUCACUUAAGACACACACACAUAAUGAAGCCUGCAUCAUUGAAGCUGAAAAAGACAGCAGUCCUCGGUAUCCAAUCAGAAAAAAGGGACGCCUUGCUAACAUGUUACACACGUGUAACACACAUGUAAGGGUGUGAAUGUAAGGCGGUGUUGAAACAGGACCAUCUUCUUAUAUCUGGUGUCAAGUCAGGAGAGAAAAGCAGUCAGCUGGGUGAGCAGGCAGGACCCCCCAAAAAGAAAGUUUAUAUACGCUAUACCUAUCUGUAUUUUGGAGCCUAUUUAGAGCCGUUGGGCAGGCUUGGAUGCAACUUUUCUAUUAUGUGCAUUGGUUAUAAGACGCAGGAUAUUAUUGGUGUGACAUCAGUAUGAUUAAAAUGUUAAAUAUCGGUAUUGGCAGAUAUAUACAAACUUCUGCAGACAUGUUAUGGCUAAAGUGAGGCAUAUUUAUAUGCAUAUAACAACAGCUUAGACAUGUUGGUUGCAAAGAAGUGUUGUGAAGUGUAGGAGACAGACAGGAGAUGCAUCCUGGAGAUGGACUGGUCAGCAGAAUAACAAUCAGCCAUUAUCUUUGCUUUUCAAUAAUUGGUUUAAAAUUUGUCUAAAACAUAUUAUUGACUAAGAUAACCAUGCAUAAUUAAGGAAUCUGUGUUUCUUUAUUUUAACCUCAAUAUAUAACUUGUGAUAUUUUUAGGUCUUGGCUAUUUCAAACAGCUGGACAGAAAUCCAAAAGUCAUUGUUGCAAUACUUUACUUAGCUGAAACUGAUAUUAUUUCAUCUACAUUUAUUUAAUAAAAUGUUCACUUCAGUUCAGUAAUUUUGUUUUUCAUUUCUUAAUAUUAAUAACUCAAUUGUUGUUUUUUGUCAAAUGCCAAACAAUAAAAUGUAAUUAAAAAUCAUAGUCAAUAAGUAUCGGCCGAAAUGCUGUUUCAUAAUUGGGUUUAGCAUUGGCCGCCCAAAACAUACAAUCAGUCGAUAACUAAUGCAUUCCUCGAUGCUUAUUCCACAAAAAAAAAAAGAGAGAAAUGAAAAAGCAAACAUAUAUUAUUGUUUGAAUCCAAUGUUGUUUGUCCUGUUUGAAUUCUGGUUUUGAACAAUGAGGCUGUCAUAAUAAGAGUAGCAGGUAAAUCCUGUCACAGGAGAAACUGUUCUUUCAGUGAGAGAAGGUGUAUAUCUUUAGUGAUAUUAGUAUUGGUUAAGAUGAGCUUGAACAUAUCUGAAUAUUGAAAACUCCAAUAUGACAUUGCAGUAUAGAGAUCGACCGAUGAAUCUGACUGCUUAAUGUCAGUUUGAAAUAAUCAGCAUUGGCUAAAAUCUCAGCUCAGGAUGCUGAUAAAAAUAAAGAAUAAUGUCUUUUGUCACUGCAGGCUGCCUAGUUUAUGUAGCUGCUGUCAAGCAAGAUCACUGUCCUCCUAAAUGAUAACACAUAAAAUUGGGGGAGGGGGGAUUAUGAUUUUUCACUUUUACAAUAAAAACUACAAAGUUAUAAAGUUUUGGUGUCCAUACUACAUGUAUGCAAAGUUUCAAAUCAUAAGGUAAAUGUAUUUUGUCAUAAUCCUAAAAAAUAGAUGUAACCUGCUCAAAUAUCAGACAAAUGUGAGACCGUAGUUUAUGUGUGAGGUUCACUGAAGUCUGACGCAAGAAUUAUAGAGUCUCCUCACUGGUUCAUCUGUGCUUCCGGCCGAGUGGACUGGCCCCCUGACCCUAACAGUGUGUGAAGUGACACCCAGAGUAGAGCGGUGUAACCAUAGAAAUAAUAUGUAUACGUGUAUAGCUAUUAAAGAGGUAUCAGAAAGUAAAAAAGAAAGUAGAGUCUAAAAAUGCACAACAUCCCCCCUUUAAAUGACAGCAAAUCAAAUUUGACAGGUACGGACAUGUGUUUUUAUCCUGUUAUGAUUUACAGAAUAAUGAUAAUGGUGAUUGAUAUUGCCCUGACAUACAUAUGUCAUGUUCUGAUGUUUAUAGCAUAAACCACAGUAAUUUUCUUUCCUUUUCAGAAUUAAUGGGGCACACUCUAUAAGAGUUUGACUUCUUUCUGCUCCUUUUCAUUCAUGUUUGAGAUUUAUUCUUGUUGUAUUGAAUGUUUUAUAUACUAACAGAAUGAAAUCAAGUAUCAGCAAUCAAAAAACAAUCAACAAUGCAAAAUUCAUCUGGAACAUAACCAUCAAUGUUCAAUUAAUGUGCACAGAGUGUCUUUUAUGAUUAAAUAGUUAUAUCUUAUUAUUAGUGACUUCACAGUGUGAUAUCAACAUUAUAUAGAAGCUGACCUGCUCUGUUAAUAUCAGCCAAUGAAAAAACACACAUCAGCUAACCACUAAUUUCUUAUUCACUGCAUGUUCAUUGAAAUAUGUGGUGAAUUACUGUAAUAGAGGACUUGACUUCUUGGCCAGCCUGUAAAAAUAAGGGUAGAAUAAUAUCAUAUGCCACUUAGACUUUAGGUGGCCCAGAGGUCAGUGUUUCACAGUCCAGGAUUUAUAAGGACAUAAUAAAGCACAAGUAAUAAGAAUGGGUCUGGGGCGUCCUCCCUAGGAAGUUAGGGAGCCAAACAUUUAAUCAAAACAUGAAGGUUUAAAGUUAUUUUAAGGAGAAUCGAUGACUUAAAAAGAAAAAAAGACAAAAUUGACUUUUAGCUUUUAAAAAAAUGGAGAUGUACAUUUUUGUAAAAACCACGAUGUCAGUCUUCAAGAACCAUAAAUUAAAUGAAUUCUGUGAUUAUAACUGUCCCUGUCAUUUGGACCAGGGCAGGUGAUUUGUAUGAAUGUUUGUGAGCAGUGUGUUGGGACAACCUUUUAAAUGCUGACCGUGUAUCUGUCACACUGCUGUCAUCAGUGUUUCCUUGUGUUUCUGAGGCAGCCCAUUCUGCGACCCCCUCUCUAUUAUGCAGCCCCCUCUCUGUGCAGUAAAUGCAGUUCCUGCUAUCCUUAACCAUGUUGCUAGUAUCCAUCAGACACUGCAGUUUUGUUUUUUGCUGAGCACCUGCCUCCACACACAGACUCAUGCAGCAUGCAGGGGCAGGACUGACACUAACUGGUAUCUCUCUUAUGUUCAUACUGACAUGAAGCAGAGGUGUAAAUGCUUCUAAAAAGAAAAAGCCAGUUGCAACUUGUUUUUUGAAACGCUCCAGUGAUAUCGAUUGAAAGAAUAGCCAGAUGUAAUUAAGUGAACUGUUGGCUGUUUGGCUGCCAGCUGGCGCCUGUGGAGAACAACUGCUGUUAUGCAUCAUCACACCAUCAUAGGGGCUUGCUGUUGAGGAGAGAUGGUGGCAUCUAUGAUCUACAAAGAGGAUGCCAAAUGUUGAUUUACACUUCUCUUCAGACCCAGCAUUUCUGGAUCAUGUUUCUGUGUGAAUCCUUCUUUGUAUGGUUCAGUUUUAGUUUUCCACAUUUGUGGAUGCAGCAACAACUGUGUACACAGACAAGGGUUUUUUGGGGCGGAUUUUGAGCCCAUGCAGUGAUUUCCAACAUAGAGUCAUGUCUGCCUUAUUGCAGUGUUUGAGGAUCCGAAGAUCAAAGCCACCCAGUCCUGGUUUUGGGACUUGCCCCCUCUGUACAGAGUCAUCUGGAGUCCAUUAUUCUCAAGCAGUUGAAUCACUCGCUCUCGCACUCUCUCACAAAGUGUGAACUGCCACCUUUACCGCUGAGAGGACUCAGCCUCUCUGGAAUGUCCUUUUUGGGCUCAGUCAUGUUACUCACCUGUUGCAGAUUAAUUUAAUUAACUUGAGAUGCUCCUCUGGGUGUUUCUUAGCAUUACACAUUUUUUCCAGGGUUUUAUUGUCUGUGACAUAACUUUUUAAAGAUGUGUUGCUGGCAUUGAAUUUUAAUAGAGCACAUAUUUUUCUCCAAAUAAUGUUUUUUUAAACAAAUAAUUUAUAUUUUUUAUAUUGUCAAGGAAACAUAGGCUUUUCAUGAUUUGCAAACCAUUUGUUCAUACAGCGCUCAGACUGUUUUGAAAUAUGGGUUAUAUAUGUGAUACAGAUGUCAACAGUACUCAGGGGAGAGGUGAGAAAUGAAACAGUCGAAUCACCAUAGCACACACAUACACACACACACACACCCACUGACACACACCCUGUGCCAUGUCAGGUCAUGUUGUGUUUUUUUAUUUAAGACAUUAGAGAGUAAUGAGCGUGAUGCUGCCCUGAGGUGAGGGAGGAGACGCAAAGAGUUAUACAAAAUCAGGACACCUCAUUUAGAAAUCACACACGCACACAUUUACUAACACACACACAGACGCGGCAGUACAGGUAAGAAUAACAAGACUCUUCAUCCUCUACAUAAUUUUUGGUUCAUGCAGUUUCUUUUUCUUGAUCAUCACAUUUUGAAAAAAAGGUCAAAGGUUUUAGUUUCUGUGUGUGUGUGUGUGUGUGUGUGUGUGUGUGUGCGUGUGUGUGUGUGUGUGUGUGUGUGUGUGUGUGUCUAGUGAUCGAAGUCCAGUUCUUAUUGAACUCCUGAGUCUUGUUAAACUGAAACUGAACUUAACAACUUGACUUUUCUAUGGUUCAUCCUCAGCUCUUCUCCCAUAGUGGUAUCACUGGUUUAACAUUAUUCCAAUCAAAACGUAAUAAUCUAUAAUAAUCCACUGUAAUGUUUUUCAGAGAGCUACAAGAUGAAAGUUUUCAGCGUUUUGAUAAAAAUCCAACUGGACAGCAGAGUUUCCCAUCAGCCACCAGACAGACAACAGCACAUACAGGUAAGACACAGCACAGGUCUUUAGCCUCCUUGCUAACAUCCUUAACUCCAGUAUGCCAAACUCAAACCGUAAUAUCUGUAAAACUAAAGAGUUGUGUUGCGUCCAUGGAUAGAAAAAAAACAAUCUUUAUGUUCCAGACUUUCAACGUGUUCAUUUUUACUGUAAGAACGGUUGCUUGGUUCAUCUAGAUUAUUAAAAUUUGAUGUUUGAUUUUUCACAGCUCCGGUUGUCUUAGAUGACUCUGUAAGAAGAAAAGAAGAAACUCCUCAAUGGGCCUCAAAGAUACCCGAUAGAACCACAUUCACCUCCUCUCUCUACCUACAACUCUGCAGCGCUCCGAACUUCAGAGCGAAUUCGAGACCAGACCUCAGAGCCAAUCAGAAUCCAGACGCGAGUCUGCACAGGUAACUUAUUAAGCUUAGAGGAAGUACUUUUAUCAGUUUCUUAAGAGCUCUUUAUUAUGAACUGAGUCAUCCCGCUUGAGUGUGUGAAAACAUUUGAGAUUAAUGUUUAUACUUUUCUUAUCAGGAGAGGUCAUUGGUCGAUCACAUACCUUUUACUUGAAACCAGCUAAUCGUAAACCAUGUUCGCAUCUUUUAUGUUGGACUUACUGUAGCUAUGACCGACCCUUCGACUGACACCAAGCCCAACCAAACACGGUCUUUUCAUGCAUGUUCACGUUAAACUCUUACUGAGCAGUGAGUGUUGCCGAGUAACAUAUUUCCAACCUCUUUACUGAUCAAAAUAUCUGCACAUGGUUUGAAUAAGACCAACUACAAAAGCAGAUAAGGAAGUACAGAAAUGUGUGGAUGCGUAAAACGGUCUUAGUGUGAAACUAAACAAACACUGACUCAGCCCAAAGGGAGGGGAAAUGGGGAAGGUGUGAUUAAAACCAUCAUUAUAGGUUAAGCAUUUUACUAAAAUUCUUACAUAAGAAUUAUAAACACUCUUUAAGGGUUUAAAGCCUCUGGAGAGAUGGCCAAUCACAGUCAUGUGGGCUUGUGUGUUUUGCGUGUGUGUGUGUGUGUGUGUGUGUGUGUGUGUGUGGGGGGGGGGGGCAGAUAAAAUGAAACGUUUAAAACAAUGGCUGAAAUACUGGUGUUUUAACACACCACUGCAAGAAAUUUGAGGUGUUUUUGGAUCUGAAAAUCACGUCAAGUUAUUUAAGGUGAAUCAGAAAGGAAGUAUGGAGUCUGAAAAAAAUUCAUAAUAACCCCCCCCCCCUUCAUUGCUAUUAAAAAGGGAUUGGCAUUGAACAGGAUCAGGAGUCUGGCUUCACAGACAUAAACCUGCUAAAAAUAUACACUAAAGUGCAACACAAACAUGGUUUAAGUCUACUUGAUGCACAGGGUUUAGCUUCAGGUCGGUGGGAACUUUCAGCUCCGAAUCAGAUGUAAGGCUACGCUCAGCUGUUGCACCUGGCCUUUUGGGACUAACAUGACCAUAUAUGGACAUGUUUUACUGGAGGUGUGAUAAUAAUGAAGGUGCAAUGACUGUGUGUUAGAAAACAUUGUGGAAGUGUGUCACAAAUGCUGCUGUAAUGUGUUCAUGUGACUGUGGGAAAGUUUAGUUCAGAGGACAGAGGAAUGCUGACCAUCCUGCUGAACCACAGACACCUAAUCCCAUACCUGCUUCACACACACACACACACACACACACACACACACACACACACACACACACACACACACACACACACAUGCCCUUACAAAAAAAGCAUAUUUGUUAUUUAUUUAUCUGAAAAACAUUUAAUAAAAAAAGACUCAGACGACUUACCUGCCUGUUUAUUCACCUGUGUACAUUAAGAGUGUCUCAAUUAGUCACAGUGAGAGAGCUCAAACUGAUUUAUCUCAUUAAUCCCAGUCAUGUUUAUUGACAUGUAGUUUAUCAUUGUAAUCCCGUUGACUCCUCUGGUGACAGGUGAAGACCGUGCUAAUGUCACUCUUUUCUCUUUUCUCCUUUCAGUUCAACUCCGAAGGCUGAAGCUACAAAUAGGAGCAGCCAGGUAAGAACAGAUUCAGUCUUUAUUGUUGAGUUAUAACAGGCAUCCAAUCAGAGCUCACAAAAUUUAAGACAGGUAAAGUUUUAAAAAUCUGCCGGUGGGCUACGUUAGUAAGCUUGGUGGUCAGAGAUGCUUGGUCAGUUUAUCCCAAACCCUGUUUUCAUCCCUCCUCUCCCUCUUUCUCUUUGUAUUGCCAACUAUAUUUUUCCAUCCCAGCUAAAAAUGAUAUAAGAAUGGACUAUGCUGUAUUGUUUAGUUAGCAGGUGCACGUAAAAAGACCAUAAGAUCUGAAACAUCAUUAAGAAAAUAUCUCAAAAUUAUCCAUGGAUUUAUUUUAUUUGUAGAAGUAACAGGGUGCGUAUUUACACCUGUGCGCUAUGACAACCUGUUUGUCAGGGCCUGAAUCUCUAAAAUAGCUGCAGCAUGGGAACAGAGCCUUGUUUUGUCUUACAGUUUGCAGCUCAAAUAUCAGACACCUACUGUAAAUACCACAGAGCAUCCAGCUAUGCUGCCAGUCAUUUGAAUAUGAAUGACAUAAUAAUCUUCGGUUCACAGGGAACAUUUAGCUUGUGUACAUGCAAAUUUAAGUCAAGCUACAGUCACAGCUCAAUAAGGCGAUUUACUUGAACCACUGUCCAUAUCUUUGUAUUCAAGCACCAGCUGAUAUACUGACAAAAAGAUGUCUGACUCUGAGUUGUCUGUGGACUGCCUCCUAGUUGACACCAUGGACUGCCUCCUAGUUAAACACAGCUCUGUAUCUUUUAUACCUAUAAUACAAACGUUUUGUCUUCUGUUGAGGUUUUGUUUACCACCUGUCUUCCUUUGAUGCAUUUAAGAGUUCAACUCAGGGUCAAAGCCAGCUUCGUAAACCGUGGAGCAUGUGCAGACCACCUAAACCAGUUAUGGUCUGAUUGAGGUGGAUACAUGCAAGAUCAGACUAACGUGUUUAUGUGUAUUUUAAAAUUCCAGUUUCAGUCAGAGUAAUGCGAUUAACUGACUACUUUUUUAACAUUAUUAUAUUCUGAGUUAAAGUAAUUCUGCUUACUGAUCCGUGCUUGUAUCCUGUGAUCAUGUGAACCCCAAAGGAACAAAAAACUCGUUAAAUAAUUAUUCAUUAUCCACAUUACAGAGAUCUGACAGGAAUAUAAAUUAGUUCACCUGAUCAGGUCUUGAAACCUUUUUUUCUGUUUACAGAUUAAUGGACAAACGUCAAAACCAGACUCAACUGUGAAGGUUUUUACUGAUCCAACAUCCUCAGGACAGCUUGGAUUUUCAGACAGGAGGGCUAUAAAGGACUGCAUCAUUAAUCAGACUUCACCAAAUGGAAAGUCAGGAGCUCAUGAGCGUGGGGAAUUACACUUAGCACCAUUUAUGAAAUAUCACACCAGGUCUGAUAAACAAACAGAUCCUGUUGAAGCAGCCAAUCCUCCCAGAACCAUGUUGUCUUCCAGUAUGGUUACGGUUCUUGCUCCCCACUGGAGCGGCAAACUGAGACGGGGCAAAAGGUUUGAGGGAAUCAGCAACCCUGAGGCUCAGGGAGCUUUACAAGAUGUGACAAAUUCUAGAACAAACCGCGAAUAUGAACGGUUUCAGGGGACUAUGGACAGGUCACCCAUCCACAGAUCACACGAACCCAUGAGGGUUCCAUUUCCUGAUACCAGGAGAAACACAGAGACCUGGUCGACCAAGAGUGGUCCUGCAGGUUUGGACUAUGAGAGAAGGAGGAAAAUGAGUCACACUGUCUCUUUGGAUAUAAACUAUGGAAGGAUGGACAACCGAAAUAUGGAUCCUCUGAGCCCCGUAGCCACAACUCCAUCCCCCACAUCACCCCAUUCUCCGGCUCAAAUAAGGAGUCCACAAUCUCUGAAUCAAAGUGGACUGUCACCCUUAAGCUCCAAACCAACCACCAGCAGUCUUCUUCUGUCUUUAAGAAGAUUUAACUCCAGCAGCAGGCUUUCCACUGCAGGCUCCCCCCUUUCUGAGAUGAACCCUGCUCCAGCACUCCAAACUCGCCUUUCUCAAACUCGCCUUUCUCAAACUCGCCUGGAUAAUGAAAAAGACAAGCCAAAUCCACUCCUCUCUCCAUCGUCCAUUUCCUCAAAGACAGCAGACACUGCCCCCCUCCAUUCACCACUUUCACCUCUUUCCACCAAUCAAAGAGAAAAAACUGUGUUUGAAACUCGCUUCUUUCCUGAUAAACCCAAAGAAAAAAAUACAGAAGGUAGCCGGCAACCUAAAACAAUCACCAGGGCCCAGUCCAGUCUGCUCACUUCAAAACAAGCCCUGAUAACUCGAGGGUUAACAGAAAGGCACCAAAACUUUAGGGGUCAAGACACAAACUUGUUCUCUCAGAACUUUGGCUCUUCUCCAAGACUCUCAAACGAGCAAUCUCCCUGCAUCCUUCCUCGAAGAACCACUCUGACCUCCACCUCCUGGUGGAAACAAGUUUCUCAGGAAGGCAGCUCCCCACCAGAGCUCAGUGAUACAAUGAGAGUGAAAGACAAGCCAAACACGCCCUGUGCUCCACCCGGUAACAAUAAUAAAAGUGACAUCAAAAGACUUAAUAAUAGUCAAAUUGCCAACAACAGACACAAUAAUAACACAACCGAGUCUGUUUGCAAAAGCAGCAUGAAACCAUUAACUGAGCAGCAGGGAGGAUCCCAAAACCUCAACCAAAGAAUCUCAGAGGAUUCACCUGAACAUGAUUCAGACAAGCUGGUCUCACAACAAAAUGGAUCCAGAUUCAACAACAGAGAACCACAAAAGCCUCAGAGUUUACCUGAUGCUUUUUUACGGUCUAAAAUUAGCAGAGCAACAGCACUAACAACACUGAGUCAUCCUAAAGAAGUCAGAGAAGAUGACGAAAGUGAAAAAGCAUUUACUGCAAACACGGGUGGAUUAACUCCUACUCUGCAAAAUCCCAGGGCUUUAAAUGCACCCACUGAGAGCAUCAGCCAACACCAAAAUAAUCAGUGUGCACUCAACACAAACAGCUCCAUCACAUCUCCACACAGCAAGGACUCCCAAAGUUCAAUCCCACCUCCUCUAUCUCCUGCUAUCACCAACGUCCUCAACAGUCAACCCCUCAUCCCUAAAACCGCUCCAGAAAACUAUGAAAUGGAUGCCUCCUUCCACUCUCUUCCUGUUUCUGGUCAGAAGACAAUUCUGACUCAAUCACACACGGACUCCUCUUCACAACCAUCCACAUUUACAGUGGGCGUCACACCUCCUGGCUUCGAAAAAAGCUAUGAUUAUGUCACCAAGACAUUCCAGCCUAAAACUGCAUCCACUCUAGUUCCCACAUUCAAAGUUUUCUCUGAAGCAAAAACCAUUCCUCUAUCCACCUCUGUCAAACAGCCAGCAGCCACAGAUGCCCCCAGCAUACCCCGCCUUACUCCCACUACUGUUUCUUCUCUCCUAACCCCGCCUGCCACGCCAAACAUAACCAGCCCAGACUCAGACUCCUCCAGCCCUCGGGAAGGAAGCGAUUUCUCAAGCGGCCAAGAGAGAGACUCAAAAAAACAGCGCUCAGAGGGAAAAAGAGCGAGAAGAGUAACAUGGGAGGACUCUGUGGAUCCGCAUAACUCUGAGCCAAUCAAAGUUAAGAGUCAAGAGCUGUCUCAAGCCCCAACAAGCCCUCUCUCUGCCCCCAGGUCCUCACCAAGUAAUAGAGCUCCAUCAUUUUUUUCUUUCCUAAGAUCAAGCAGUCCAAACAUAGAUGCAUAUCCUCUCUGCUCUCCUGUCAACAGAACCACUAGCAUGCAGGAAGAGAAAGGCGGGAAUUAUCGCUCCUUUUCAUCUGACUCUGCUGAUUUAGCAUCCAGGGAGAAAGACAAAUCCAAGCUAAGGCUAAGUGAUCCUCUGAUAUUAGACCAAAAAACACAGGAGGUACCCAUAUCCAGGCAGGAGGGGACACUAUCAGUGGAGUCUGACACAGUCCAGUGCCGUUCCUCUGCUGCCCUUUCCCUCCCUGACUUUUCAAGUGGUUAUAAGCUUCGAUACAGCUCUCCACCUUACUCCACUCUCAUGUCUGCAAGAUCAACGCAAGGAGAAACUAAGCCGUCAAUAACACCCAGAUCACAGCUCUUCCCACAAUCCCUAAAUUAUACCCCACAUCUUUCUAAAAACACUCCUUUAAGUUCAGCCAUGACUUCACCUACAACAAAAGCCUCUCCUACACUCAUCAGCUCCCUUCAGCCUUCAGCUCUGUCUUUACAAACUCAACCCCCACCUCAGGAACGUUCAAACUUUAGGGUUUCAGAAACUUAUCAACUUAACAAUAACAACAGCAAGACCAACAGCCAAGACCGCCAGAUAUUUCUCGUCAACAACAGAGUACAAAUCGGCUCACGUUCUCCACAAGGAGCUGAAGCACAAGACCAACCCCCAACAUGUGUAACCGAGACGCUGGUUUAUGGCGUCAAACCCAAAGGAGAUGGAACUGCCUCAAAAAACAGCACACUGCAACCUUUGCAACAAGCUGCCGACAGGGCAGUGAUGAUGGAGAGCAAGUUCAGUCAGCGACAACACAGAGUGCAGAGUCAGGAAACUGCAGGUGAACCAGUAAGUCGCUUAGAGCAGUGCUCGAGUGGAAGCAGCUCCACAGACAGUCACUCCACUGAUGAAGGCAGAAGGAAAAUAAAGGACAGUGUCCUCUUCAAGAGCAGGUUUUUUUCUGUGGAGAACAACAAUGAACAAAGCCCAAAGAAAAGCCGGUUUGCCCUGAAGAAAAGCAUCAGCACACCAAACUCAAACUUAUCAAGAUCAGAGUCAGACAAAGCCAACAAGACCAACAACAGAGUAGACCAAGUCCUUAGCAGGCUUAGACAAACAUUCAGCCCCAGACGGACGGACGAUGAUGUAUCGUUUCCGUGGAAAUGGAGGCGAGGCUCGCAAACACCUUCCAUCAGUGGUUCCAGUGACGUUAGCGGUGAUGCACCUCCAGAGGCCAAGACCCCAGAGAAAUUAGCGCAGGAGAAAGAGGAGGUUCUGAUGGACAGUGAAAAAGAGGCGGACGACAACAGCCAAUGGACACAUAACCGACACUCGCGCCUAUCAACACCAAUGUCAGGAGGCUCAGUUGAGAAUUUUUAUGUUUGGUCUGAGAAAUCUCCUUCAGAGAAAGAUCACGUCCAACAAAGUUCAGGCACAGACCACACGUCUAAAAAUAAAAUCAAACAACAGUUAGCAAACCAAAGUCCAACAAUACACCCAUUUGACCUUUACAAAGACAACAGAACAGACAUUCAACCAGCAAACCAGCUCCUUUCCUCUCCAGAUCCCAGUCCUGGAAGGAGCUCCAACCUCUCAACUGGAUAUCCUUCCCAAUUCAGAAAGUCCACACCCAGCCCAAGGAGUCCUUUUUCCCCCUUUAACUCUCUCUCACCUCUUUCUCCUUUUCCCACACCUGAAGUGGCAGAUGAUGUGUUCUACAGUCCAAAGCUGCAGCGUCGCAGGGAAUCCCCUUCCCCAGGUGAGGAGAAACCAGGAGAAGGUUUCAGUCUGAGUGAUUCUAGGAGAACUCGGAUAUCCACUGGCCCUCCAAGUCCAUGUCCAUGUCCAGGUCCUGGACAGGACAAGAACGGCUCAGCAUCCUUGAAGUAUGGCAUCGAGCCUAGGCGUUUAUUUUCUGUGAGUUCGAUACAAUCCUGUCGACCCUCAGGGCCUGGACGUAUCUCCACUGGAUCACGGUUCAUGAGUGUGGGUGACCUCUCUGAACCUGCUUUGACUGGUGGGGAAACCAGAAAAGACCUGGACCGGAGGUCCGUCUCUCCUGAUUGGACCACAAAAUUUGAUUCCAUCCCCAGUAAGGACCGUCUAAUGUCAUAUUUCCCUAGUGACCCAGGGAAGAUGAGAACCAGAUCCCUUCCCCGGUCACUGACCAGACGUUUGGCAAACUGGAGCUCAGAAGUCUUAGAUUCCCCACCUGAAGCUUCAACCUCAAAGCCAGCUCGCCUGUGGAGUCCUAACAGUAUGAACACCUGUCACUUUACAUGGGACACAGAGUGCCCUCCAACCCCUCCUCCAACUCCCCCCCUGUCCCCAGUUCCCAGACGCAUGUCCAAACCUUCCAGCCAGUCCCCCCCUGCCUGUCCACUCUCUCCAGGACCACAGAAGGUUGAGAGUUCGCCCUCCAGGGGACAUCUGCCAUCAAGAGGUUAUGUUUCCAGCCUCAGCCCCUAUAAGGAGUCCUCAGACAGCAGCUCAGACACAACAACAGAUGAUGAGUAUUACUUAGAAACAGGUGAAGAUGACAAAGAAACUGAACUGUGAAAGCAGCGAGUUUGCCAAAGUCCUCCUUACUGUUUCUGAGAUCCCAGACUUUGACUUUGGGCUGGAUUGUGCAUUAAAAGCAGGCAGGCUUAAGACAGAGACCUGAACUAGAGUGAAGAUGGGUCAAAGACUUUGAGGGACUAUUUUGAGUUUGACUUCAGUUAUUGUUUACUUUCAUUGUCACUGAGGAGAUGUCUCGGAUCGGGUGGUUGCAUGGUUAGCUUUGCAAAGUGGUGAAAUGAGCAUGCACAGUAAUUUUGGAUAAGAUUCAAAGGUGUUGUUUAAGUUUUUACAGUUUACUGUCCAUGUCUGCAGAUCUGCAAUGGAGGGAUUUCACACUUCAUGUAAAUAUUAAUGGUGGGGACAGCUGGAUGUCAUCUGUGUGUUUUCAGUGAUCUGUUAAGUUUGGAUUUUCACAUCAGGCUAAUCUAAAGGUUUGCAUUUCAUUCUGCUCCUGAAUACUUACACAGAGGUCAUGGAAAGAUCAAAAAUAUUUCAUCAAACCCUCUUCUUCUCUGUUUGAUACUUGAGGUAAUUUUUUUGUAAAUUUUGUAAACAGGAAAGAAGGUUCACUUUAUUUCUCCAGAAGCUUUAUUUUUGUAUCAGAGAGCUGCUUUCUUAGAUUUCAAGUUUUGUUUUCAAGUUUUUAAAUAUUUGGAUGACGUUUCAUCACAUUCAUUGACAUGUUAUAAUUAACAGUUAUCAUCAAACAUCAAGCGCUUGCUCCUCUUUACACAGUGAGAAUCCAAAUUCUUAAUAUAAGUUUUUAAUAAAUACAUGUGAUUCUCUAAUGGGCCAUGUUUUUGUCUUAGUGUUGUAAUUUGGGGUUUAUUCCUGCUGCUGAAUGUUUCUGAUUUAAUCAGAACUUUUUUUUGACGUGUUUCACCUUAUGAAAAAUGAAAUGGUAUUGGACACACAAAAGAAAGUAAAAUGAUUGUUGACAUGAAUUAUAAAGUGAAAAAUUUGGAAUUGCACCAGAAGAAAUUCAAGUUUAUUGGUGUCAAUUAAAGGUUAAAAAAACAAAGUUUUAAGUAAUUGUCUUGCAUUUAACGAUUUUUAAUGCACGUCAAUAGCAUUCAACUUUAACAAAUUGAUGAUACCUGAUGUGUAUUAAAAGUUAGAGGUUAUUAAUGUACAUUAAUAAGCUAAAGUUUACUAAUGGGAAUUAAAACGUUUAGGCUUUAAUGUGCAUUUAAAAUCAAGAAGACAUUAAAAAGCAGAAGAAAAGAAAGAUGUUUAUUUGUAUUAAAAAUAUGCAACGGGAAAUCAACAUGCAUUAAAAUGCACGAAAGAGGAUUAGGAUCACAAGAAGAAAAAAUAAUUAUAGGAGGGAGAAUUUUUUUUAUUUCAAUGUCAAGAUUAAAGUCAAAAUUUUAAAAAGUCGAAAUUUUCACUUAAUUCAUUUAGACUAAUCUCGAAAUUCGACUUCAAUCUAAAAAUUUUAAUUUAUUCAAUCUUGAAAUUUUGAUAUUCACGAGAUUUUUUCAUUUUUUUAAUCACGUAAUUUUGACUUUAAUCUUGAAAUUUUGAUUUUUAAUCUUGGAAUUUCAACUUCAUUAACAUAAUUUCAAUUUUUUAUGUCUCGAAAUUUCGACUUUUAUAUGAAAUUUCGACUUUUAUCUCCAUCCUGUAAUUAUUUUUUUCUUUUCAUGUGGCCUCUUUAGUAGAAAAGUGAAAUAAUUUUACUGUUUGGGAGUUAAAAAGUUAUUAAGUAAUUUUUUUUCUCGAGAAGUUUAUUGAUGUGCAUAAAGAUUGAGAGGUUUUUUAAUGUGCAUAAAAAAGAUAAGUACAUAAAAAAGAUAUGUCUUAAUAGUCAAAGACAAUGAGUAUGCUUUCAAAAGUGGUCAUUUAUGCUCUUUUAAUUGUUAAAAGCCAUCAAUGAGCAGUCGAGGCAAAAAAAGCCUACUUGAACGAAUUCAAACGGAAUAUGUAAUAGUAUGCAUCAAAAGCUAUGGCUUUGACAUGCAUUAAAAAGUUCAAAUUUAUUGAAAUGCAUUGGUUUGUAGUUGUGCAUUGAAAAAUUAAUGAUAAAUGGGCACUAAAAGUUUUGUCACGCACUGAUUGUAAAAGGUUGACGUGCAUUUGAAAGUGAACUGAAAAAUCAUGACAAUGGUUGAAAAUUGUUCAUGUGCAUUAAAUUUUUGGAGGUCACUGAUGUCCCUUGUAUGCAAAAGUAAAUAAAAUAAAAGGUUAUUGACAUACAGUAAAGGUCAUUGAUGUGAAUUCAAUCAUUAAAAGUUAUCCCUGUGCAUUUUUCGAGUUAUUAAAUAGUGUUGUUAUCUCACACACAUGUUCUUGCCAUGCAUUUAUAAGUUGAAGGUUACUGAUUGGUAUUUUAAAAUAGAAGGGUUUUAAAGUCAAAGUUUUCUUAUGUGCAUCUGAGAGUGUGAAGGUUAUUGACAUGCAUUAAUGACUUAAGAUUACUUUUCUUAACUUUCAUGUGUAAAACUAACCUUUAACUUUUAUGCACCGUAAAGUUAAAGAUCAUUAAUGUGCAUUUCAAUGAAUAAAUGUUAUCGUAUGCAUCAUAGAGUUAAAGGUUGCUGAUACGUUUUGCGAAGUCAAAAGUUAGUGAUGUGCGUUGAAGAGUUUAGGUUUGAACAAACAGAGGAUUUAAUGCCUGAGGCCUCACUCCUACUUUUUUGUAAUCAGAUUAACCACAAUGUUCUCUGCUCUGAAAGGCUUUAGGCGGGGCUGUUUAACAGUUUCACAUGAUUUAACUGGGAGUUCCCUGCUUUUCAUUGCUGUGGAAACACAGUCUGUUGUAGUGGCGGUGACAUAAACGUCCAAUAAACCAGCUGUGUGUGACUGUGUGUGUGUGUGUGUGUGUGUGUGUGUGUGUGUGUGUGUGUGUGUGUGUGUGUGUGUGUGUGUGUGUGUGUGUGUGUGUGUGUGUGUGUGUGUGUUCGCUGGCACUGAACUUUGUCCCUCACUUUCCCUUGUUUCAUUCACUCAAGGCAUGUUUCCUAUUAUCAGAACUGAGUCACAGCUUUGUCAUGUGGUGAUGUCUUCAGAGUGAGAUUUUUGGUCUCUUUUUUUUAAGUUUUUGACAUCACAACAAAGCGUAGCAUUGGAAACAAUCUGUUUAAAAUGCUCAGCACAUGAAACACAAGUGAUUCUUGAGCUCUGUAUUUAUUCUGAACCACACAAAGAAAGCUUCCUGGUGCUGGGUAAAUAUCUGUCUGAUUGCAGAGAGUAACAUGAAGCUCUUUUGUAUUUUGUUUAGUAAAAAACUCCUGAAGUAGAAAUGUAAAAGAGUCCAAACAGCCUUAAAAACUAUAUGGCUCUCCCAUUCAGUCUAGAGGAACGAACUGUUCCUUUUUUUUUUUUUUUUUGACAUUGUUUGGUUGUCUUUGGCGUCAUCUGUGGUAAUAUUUUUUACUGCAUUGGUUUUUGUCCUCUAGAAAAAGCCUCAGCAAUUUUUUUUUCUCUGUUUAUAUGUGUUAGAACAAUAAAUGUAGAUGAUCUUUUUUAUUGUUUGAAUCAGAAAUAGUUAUCCAUCCUUUCUCCAUGUGUUGCCAUGGUAACUGUCGACCCACUUUGGACAGAAAAAUCACUGCUGCCUGAUGGAUAAAUCAUUUAAUUAAGGGAUAAUGGGAAUACCAAAGCUUCAUAAAGGAGAUGAAUGUUCAGUCACACUGUGUUAAACUCCUUCAGCAGAGACAAACGCAGCACAUUUCUUUCACCUGGGAUCUCCCACAUCAAAACGUUGGUAAAAUACUUCUCUAAAGGAGUAUUAAAGAACUUCAGAAAAAAAAAAAAACAGAACAAAAUUAAAAGUUAUAAGAUCAGACUGAAGGAGAGUACUUCCCUCCAAACUAAUACUCAGUUUAUCCUCUGACAGAAUGAACGUUAGGGUCCAGAUCAGUACAGUGAAAUUCCCACCCUUAUCAAACAAAGCUUAUCCUCCCUAAAACUCUGUUAUGACUCCAUCUCUGGCUCAUAAUUAGCCUGUUAAGGUGUGCUUCUGAGGUGUUAUAUAAGUUUGAAACUGCCACAGAUACCUGAUGUUUUUGUGUCACAGGUUCGACGUGCUCACUGGUAGCAGGAUAUGAAAGGGCAGAUUACUUCACUAUUGGAGGGAUUAAUAAAUGAAUAUUAAAUAGGAAACAAUGAUUCAAGCUGUCUAUACAGAAUAAUCAAAAGGUAAAUAGCUCAAGGGCUGUUCCAGUAUGCUGAAUACUUUAAAAUACCUACACAGAUGGAAACAUUAGUUACUGAAAAGCUCCCCUGAGGCUUUGUAGGUUCAGACAUGUGCUUUCCUAAUAACAAAUACUGUGAACACAUAAGCACAAAAGCAAAUGUGUAGUCUUUGCACAUUUUCAAUUUUAAAUCAGGGCUGUUUAUUUAAUAACAGUCUCAAAGGUUCAUCAAACUCAGACUCUGCUGCUAUCUACCUGUCUCUGCCUUUCUGCCCCCAGCUCGGCUCAUUCAGUUGAACUGCCCUUGACUCUUCUCUAGUUUUUACUUUCAUGGUGUACAAGACAAUGGUGAGGUAUCUUUUUGUCUCUCCCUGCCAUUUUGACUGACCUGUAUGCUGUAAAACAGAAUACAGAUUGUUGUCCAGAAUAUGUCACACACUUCACAUAAAGUUGUCACGCAGUCUGUUUGUCUGUGCCUGCAUGUUAAGCUGUACAGAUACAGCAGUUUAAAGACUAUUGGUCACUAUUUUAAAAUUCGCAGUUUGAAAUUUAUAAAUUUACUUUAUAAAAUUAUGUAAAACAAAAUAAAACUGUUUUUCUGUUAAAUUCUUCCUUAUCUUUUACUUCCACAAGAUAAAAAUUUCUUGGUGGAGCUCUGUGGCCAUCUAGUGGUGAAAGAGUGAAGUUCAUCUCAAAUGCUGCUGUAAAUAACUAAUCAGUCAUCUGUCCUCUACCUGUCAGACUUGCUCUUCCUGUCACUCACCUGUCACUUGCUCUACACUCCUACCUCAGUUUUAGUGAAUAAAUCAUGUUGUAUGCAGAAGUGAAUCAGUAAAUCUUGUGUUUGUGACGGAUGAACUGAGCUCCUGGAGUAAGGGUAUAAAACUGAGUUUGGGUCAUGUGACCAAAGUUUGAUCAAAGUUUUAAAAAUCUGUAAGUGUGUUUACAAAAAAUACCAACAAAAUCAAGCACAUGUUUAUGAAGAUUUCUGUUUUAAAGCUUCAGAUAUUCGUUUUAAUCUCAGACUACUGUAUGAAUCUCUGUAUUGACCUUUAUCUGUUAUCAGAAGAAGUUUUAGCUUGGCUUUGACUUGACACCUGAAUGUUUUAUCUUGUUGUUCAUCCCAAAUGACAACAGAAACUGAAAAGAAAAUUUCUUUCUUAAGGAUGACAAGCUGAAUAAAUGUCAGAUGCAAACCAUAUCUCAGAUGAUUGAAUGAAUGUCCAAUUAAUAAAUGAAUGCAAGUCUAAAUCUUUAAUUAUAAUUUUUGUAUCUCUCUUUCUGCAGGAUGUGGUCAUAUAUUCUUCACUUUUGUUUUUUUUUUUAAAGGGAAACGUGAACAGAGUGCUGCAGGAGGUCUUUAUUCCAAUCAUGUUGCAUGAAGGAUAAAGAUACUAAAACACUACAGAUUUACUAAAGCUAACAAAAACAUCUUUGAAGAUCCUGUUUCAGGCUUCACUCUUCGUCCAGAGCUUUCUGUAAGAAAAUUAAAAUUCAAAAUCAGAUCUUUUCACAGCUCGUCACAAGGUUUCAAAUGUGACCCAGGAUCGAAAUCAGAAUUUUUAAUCAGAAUAUUUAAAAAGAUUGAUGCUAAAAUUACCUCACACCUUAAUAUACUAUUUUGACAUACUGAUAUGUUUGUGUCCUAUCAUUUAACUCAUUCAUAUAUUGAUGGUUGACCUUGGCUCCAGGGUCACGGCUCUUGGCUCUCAUCUUGUUGACCUGAGACUCAGCGAUAUCUGCUCUCUCUUCUGCUUCUUCCAGCUCAUGCUGUAACUUCCUUAACUUUCCCAGGUUAACAUUUGUCUGCUCCUCCUGAAAAAAGAUUAAUAAAAACCUAAAAAUCUAAGAGAAGUGAGACUUUUGUGUGAUAAAUAAAGGUGAAGAGGUGUCACUCACAGCUUCCUCGGCAGCUCGCUUGUAAGAUUUCACCUUCAGCUGCAGUUUGUCCACCAGGUUCUGCAGGCGGCUCAAAUUCUUCUUAUCCUCCUCCGUCUGUUUAUGAGCGCAUUUCCAUUGUUAAUAUUAGACUUUUUUCAGUCAUUCCAUGUUUCUCUGUUCCUUUAAUAUAAUAUUUACCUGGUAGGUGAGCUCUUUGAUUCGUCUCUCAUACUUGCGGACACCUUUCACUGACUCGCUGCUUCUCCUUUGCUCCAGAUCUACCUCAUUCUCCAGCUCUCUCACCUGAAAACAACAGAAUGUGAUGGAAUAACUUUAACAUAUAUAUAAAAAAUCCAAAGUAAACUUUGACUUUAACUGCAAAUUAGAAAUAGUCACCCUGGCCUCCAGCUUCUGGACCUGCUUCUUGCCACCUUUCAGGGCGAUUUGCUCCGCUUCAUCCAGACGGUGCUGCAGGUCUUUGAUGGUUUGUUCCAUGUUUUUCUUCAUCCUCUCCAGGUGAGCGCUGGUGUCCUGCUCCUUCUUCAGUUCCUCGGCCAUCAUGGCGGCAUCAGUCACAGCCUUCUUUGCCUUCUCCUCAGCAUUUCUGCACUCCUGAACCGCCUCCUCCACUUCACUUUGAAGCUGAGUGGUGUCGCUCUCCAGCUUCUUCUUCUGGUUGAUCAGGCUGGUGUUCUGCACAGAGCCACAGUUUUAAACUUAUGAGUUCUUUGCGGCAAUGAUUCUCUUUUUCUAGCAAUCUUUAUGAAUAACAGUUUGUUCUUCAAAGACUGAUGUACCUGUGAGUGCAGCAGCUGAACUCUCUCACUAACAUCCAGCAGCUCCUGUUCGGCCAGUUUACGACUUCGCUCCGUCUGCUCCACCAGAGACCGGAGCUCAUCCAGCUCAGCCUGCAGCAGGUUGUUCCUCCGCUCCACGAUGGCGAUGUUCUCCUUCAGAUCAUCAUUCGCCCGUAGAGCGUCGUCCAGCUGCAGCUGAGAGUCCUGAUCACAACGAUUUAACAGUACAAAGAAGAGAUCAGUGCUUGACCAGAUCCACUCAUGAGAAAACUACAUGUCAGUUCAAACCUUGUUAAAUAACCAGAUAUCUAUCGUACCUUCAGGUGAGUGUGGAAUCCCUUCAGCUGCUUCUGAGCCUCAGACGCCUGCCUGUUGGCCUGACUCAGCUGGAUCUCCAUCUCAUUCAGGUCUCCCUCCAUCUUCUUUUUUAUUCUCAAGGCCUCAUUCCUGCUGCGAGUCUCAGACUCAAGUGAGCUCUGCAGGGUGUCCACCACUCUCUGAUGGUUACGUUUCACCUGCUCCAUUUCCUCAUCCUUCUCAGCCACCUUUCUCUCCAUGUCGGCUUUCACCUGGUUGAACUCCAGCUGAGUUCGCAGGAUCUUCCCCUCCUCAUGCUCAAGUGAACCCUGUAAGAAACAAAUCCCUGCUUGUCAUUCAAAGAAAAAUUUUGAAAAAUUUUGUUAAAAAAAAAAUGCUGUCAGCAUUAGUUUUACCUCAGCUUCCUCCAAAGCAGACUGGAUCUCAGUCUUCUCCUGCUCAAGCUGCUUACGAAUCUUCUCCAGCUCAUGGACACUCUUUCCACCCUCACCAAGUUGCUCAGUCAGGUCAGAAAUUUCUCCUGUUUUCAUACAUUUUUAAAUUUCAUUAUUGAGGUUUGCCAUCACCAGUCAUGUUUUCGUAUUAUUAGUAACAGAUCAUCAUGACGAGACUCUCAGCAUAAUUGAAAUGCUCAUAAAAGUACUUGAUCCUGUGUUUUACAGUUUGCUAAUACUCUGUAAACUCCUCUCAGUGGUGUGUUUACACGACCUUUUGAAGGAGAUAACUGUGCACAUGCACAUAUGAGCAUGCAUCACAGGUACCACUAAGAAUAACCCUAAAGCUCCAAUAACAAAGAGACGGCUUCAUCAGAUAAACUUUCAUACAGUGAAAUUAAUGGAGAAGUUAGUUUAUGAACAGUCUGACUGAAAGAUACAAUUUCAUGAGAUCCAACAUAACAGACAGGAUGCACAACAGCUGCAACUCAGGUUUUCAGAGAAACAUUCUGCAUAAUUUCUCACAAAUUUAAACUUUAAAUCUAACUAAAAAGUUUCUGACUUCCCGGCAAAUUUAUGACUUUUCUUACAAAUAUGCAUUUUUUUUUCUUUCAGUUAUAGGCUUUAUCAGUAUUUAGCCCUUUUUUUUAAAGAAAUGUGUGACUUUAUCUUUAAACUUGAAAGUUUUUUUCUCACAUAUUCCCUUGUUUUUCUAAAAAAAAAAAAAUAAAAAACAAGAGGCUGUAUAUUCCCCCAAAUUUGUAAUAUUUGGAUCAGAAUUCUUGAAAAAUUUUCCCACAAAUUAUAUCAUUAUCGUCACCUUUUCCUCAAAAUUCACCAUUUUUGCCUCACAGAUAAUAUUUCUUUCCUCUAGAAUUUUUGAUUUUUUUUCAGAUUUGCUACUUAGUUGUCUCCCAAGUUUGCCACAUUCCAAUCUGUGAUAUUAAUCACAGAUCAUUACCCUUUACCGUCUGUCUUAUCCUCUUACCUUGGAGAUUCUUAUUCUCUCGCUUCAUGGUCUCCAGAUGAUCCAGAGAUUCUUCGUAAGAGUUCUUCAGUUUGAAGAGCUCGGUGCUCAGAGAUCGAGAGUCUUUUUGGGAACUUUCCAGCUCAGUCUGGGACUCCUCAUACUUUUGCUUCCACUCAGCCAGGACCUGAUAUGAAUGUCAAAUAGUGUGACUCCAGAAUUAUUUUGGAAACAGUAUCUCUUUAUUUCUGUAUUUAUUUUGGAUCAGAGCAGUUUAUGGUUGUCACCUUGUCAAAGUUUCUUUGUUUCUUGUCCAGAGCAGCAGCGGCAGCGUUGGAUCUCUCCACAUCCACCAUGAGAUCUUCAAUCUCUCCCUGAAGCCUGUGUUUGGUUUUCUCCAGAGAGGAACAUUUAGCAUUAGCUGCUUCAACACCUUCCUCUGCAUCCUGUAGGCGCUGGGUUAGCUUUUUCCUGAUAACAGAAACAAUGAAAAUACAAAAUCCUUACAUUGAGAUUAAGACACAGUUGAAGGUAAAUCAGGUGUAAAAAUUUGUGAUCUGUUCUCUUAUUGUUUAAAUUCCUACUUGGCUUCUUCCAGCUCCUCCGUCCUCUGGAUGGCAUCAGUCUCGUACUUUGUUCUCCACUGAGCCACCUCUGAGUUGGCCUUGGACAUGCUGCGCUGGAGCUCGGCUUUGGCCUCCUGCUCCUCCUCAAACUGCUCUCUCAGCAGAUCACAGUCAUGACGGGAAGACUGCACUGCAUGGGCGAGUGCGUUCUUGGCCUUCAGGAAACAUAAGAUCUGGUAAUUUUUCUAAAAGAUGUCAGGCUCUAAAUUUCACAUCAGAGAUUUGUAACAACAGACCUUUAUUUCCUCUUCAAGUUGUCUCUUCAGAUCUUCGAUCUGCUGAGUGUACGACUGCUUCCCUCGAGUCAGCUGGGAUACCAACGAGUCCUUCUCCUCCAGCUGCCUCGCCAGCUCACCUGGAAAAUGAAAGUGUUUGUCAAGAUGGAGGUGAUAAAUCCUUUAACACCUGGAACUAUUUCAGUAACAGAAUAAGACUGAUUUUACCAUUUUCAGUCUGGAGCUUUGAUUUCUGCAUGGUGAAGUCGUUGAUGGUACGCUGGCCUUCUUCAGAUUUGGCUUUAUACUCCGACAUUUGAUCCUCCAGCGUGCGGCACAUUUUCUCCAGGUUGGCCUGAAAUCCAAACAUUUGACAUCAUACUGAACAAUAUAUUUAUGUUUAUGAUACAUCCAUGUUUAAGUUUACAUUUGUAUCAUGCACUGAUACUACAGUAUUAAAGUCAGAGACUGCAGAGGCAUUAUUUGGUGUAUUAUUGCGUUAGAAAGACUUUCUGGUACUUUUACGUCAUUUCUCAAGUUUAAAAGUGGAAUCAUUCAAAAAAAAAAGGCAGAAAAGGAGUGGUUUGCUAGAUUAUGAAGUUGAAAUGAAGGGAAAUGAUCUUGUUUGUAUGUUAGUUAGUCCUACAUGGACUCAUUGGGCAGAAAAGUUAAGAUACCAGGGGCUCAUCCUUCUCUGCCCUGUUGAUCAGGUGUCAGAAUGUUGAGACAGUCUUUGUGCUAAGGUAAGCUAACACCCUUUCAUUCACAAAACAGAAACCUGCUUGUUGUCCAUCGUACUUUAACUUUGAUGAUCUGCUCCAUGUUAGAGACCACAUCAUCUAGCUCCAGCCUUAGCUCGCUCUUCUCCUUUUCCAGCUUCUGUUUGACUCUCUGUAGGUUGUCAAUCUGCUCUCCCAGGUCGGCCACGCUGUCUGCGUUCUUCUUCCUCAGGGCUGCAGCUGUGGCUUCGUGCUGCAGAGUAGCCUCUUCAAGGUCUCUCCGCAUCUUCUGGAACUCAGCCUCCCUCCUCUUGUUCAUCUCAAUCUGGGCGGCAGUCGCUCCUCCAGCCUCCUCCAGCCGCUCACUGAUCUCUUCCAGCUCUCGGGCCAGAUCACCUCUUUGUUUUUCCACUUUAGCUCGAGCAGCUCGUUCUGCUUCCAGCUCCUCCUCCAGCUCCUCAAUGCGAGCCUAAUCAAUAGAUGAUUGUAAAUUUAUAGAAAGUUUUUUUUUUGUUAAAAGAAACAAUAAAACAUGUAAAGCUGUCUAUUUGCAGCUACCUGUAACUCCUUCAGUUUCUUCUGGAGUUGUGCACUCAUCGCUUGUUCAUCUUCAAUCUUACUCAGCAGCUGGCUGAUUUCAAAGUCUUUCCUGUAUUCAGUGUUAAGAUGGUUGAGUUUAUUAAUCAGCUGUUUUCCAGGGUUAGAAAUUGUAUUUGUUGUUGUAAUAAAAAUCUCCUUUUACUUUUUGAGUUUCUCCUCCAGCUGCUGUUUGUCAUUCUCCAGAUCCAUUACACUUUCCUGGGUCAACUUUAAGUCGCCCUCCAGUUUUCUCUUUGCUCUUUCCAGAUCCAUCCUCACCUUUUUCUCUUGCUCCAAUGAUCCCUCGAGCUUUAGAAAGAACAGAAAUAUUUACUCCUUUAGUGUCUCUGAAAGUAAGAUUUAGUCUUGAAUGCCAUUUUACUCACAUCAUCAACUUGCUGCUCCAGUUUGGCUUUGGCCUUAGUCAGCGAGUUGACUUUGUCUUCCUCGCUCUGCAGGUCAUCCAGAGUUUGCUGAUGAGCCUCCUGUAGAGCUUUUUUCUCCUUGGUCAGUUUAGCAAUGAUUUCUUCCAGAGCUGCCAUCUCCUCAGUCAGGUUUUUAACCUUAAAGACCAGAUCAUUGUUUGUGUCAGUUCGGAAAAACAGGAAAUAUUCUCAUCAAUCAAUCAAUUUUGAUUUAUAUGGUGCCAAAUGACAAGAAGCGUUAUCCGAAGUCUCUUUCCAAAAGAGCAAGUCUAGACCAAACUCUUUGUCUGAUGUAUUACAAGCACCCAACCUCAAGAUGGACAAAGAUUAAGGCCCAUCUAGAAAUAUCAG